AUGGCGGAGAUGGAACGGAAAGCUUUCCUCCUUCUUCUGGUCGUGCAGGCUGCCAUCAGCAGCCACCUCGGCAGCGUCCGAGACUUCUCGGCAAGGCUCCCAAUCUCGGAGUCCAGAGACUCUUGCGGGGACUUACGGGAUCCUGCCACGGCCACGGCCAGCGCCACAAUAGACCGCGAUGUUCAAAGACACGAGGAAGGGGAGAGGAACACCACCAGGGGAGCUCGAGUCGUCGGCGGAUCCGAGGCGUCACCAGGUACCUCGCGCCAGUCUCGUAUCAUGCGCGCACCAUUCUCCCAUCACGUGCACGUCAUUCGCCGUCGUGAAUCCUUGAACUUGACGACUUUCCCUCCCCAAGGGAGCCAUCCUUGGUUGGCCAGAAUCGUUCAGAGGGGGCAUGUCAAGUGCAUGGGUUUCCUCAUCGCCAGGCGAUGGGUGGUUACAGCGGCCCAUUGCCUCGUCUUCUCCUAUGAAGAUGGCAGGGAAUGGAGCAGUUAUGAAAUCAUCUUCGGCGAUGUCGACCGAAAAUACCACGAAGGAACGGAGCAAGUGAGGUACAUCAAGGAGUUCAAGAAGCAUCACUCGUACGUACACUCCCAGACAGCUCCCAUUAACGACGUUGCUGUCAUCAGGUUGAACAAACCGGUCCAACUUAACAACCACAUAAAAAUAUUACCGCUGCCUCCUCCCGGAACGGUAAUUUACGUAGAGUCCUGUGUAGUGGCAGGCUGGGGUAACGUCGGCAACGGAGACUCCAAGCCUCGUCGUCUGAAAGAAGCUUCCGUUUCCCUGGCGACGGAAGAUCUCUGCUGUCGCUACUGGAGUGGCGCUUACAUCCCUUCGUCCAUGCUCUGUACGACCAGCCCGGACAAGACCGUCGAUGCUUGCAAGGCGAGCAGAACUGAAAAAUUUCUGCCAUAUUUUGACAACCGAAUUGUAUACCGGUUUUUUCCAUCAUUCGCAUCGGCCCUCACCGAUCAGAGUCCUGAAAAAUGCGUUCCCAUUUGUCGGGGACUGCAGGGAGAUUCGGGGAGCCCACUUACCUGCGUAACCGUCAACAACUCCAUCAGAGUGGCUGUGGGCGUCGUUUCCUUCGGCGAGCUUUGUAGCGCGGAUUCCAGCAUCCCCAUGCACGGAGUGUACGCGAGGGUGGCAUCGUACGCGGACUGGAUGAGGGCGGCGCUGCGACAGGGAGACGGGGACGCAGCGGAGACUCUCCCAGUCGCUGCCGUCUCGACUGCCUCUGUCAGGUCUUCCUGGACUUCUUGUGCCCGUCUUCUCAUUCUUACCUGUUUCUUUGCCUCCUGA